AUGAGAUUGUUUCAAAGCCUUGUUAACAGUGUCUGGGACCCCAGGAAACCCUAUUUUACUCAGCUUUACCUGGACAUUUGGGUAGCAAUGGAGUUGAUGACCUUUAUCAGUUGUAAAAUCAGGAGUGCUCAUAAAACAAGUAAAGCUUUGAAAGGCUCUAUACCUUCUCAUGGACAUUAUUAA